UUCUUUGUGCUGAAAGAGUGGGCCAGAUGACUAAAACAUACAAUGACAUAGAUGCUGUUACACGUCUUCUUGAAGAGAAAGAACGGGACUUGGAGUUAGCUGCGCGGAUUGGCCAGUCGUUGUUAAAGAAGAAUAAGUCACUGACAGAAAGAAACGAGUUUCUUGAGGAGCAAGUAGAACACAUCAGGGAAGAGGUUUCUCAGUUGCGCCAUGAGCUCUCCAUGAAAGAUGAGCUGCUCCAGUUUUACACCAGCGCUGCCGAGGAAAGUGAGCCGGAGUCCAUCUGUUCCACACCGCUGAAGAGGAAUGAAUCUUCUUCCUCCGUCCAGAACUACUUUCACUUGGAUUCUCUUCAAAAGAAACUCAAGGACCUUGAAGAAGAGAAUGUUGUGCUUAGAUCAGAGGCCUGUCAGCUGAAGACUGAAACAAUAACUUAUGAAGAAAAGGAACAACAGCUUGUGAAUGAUUGUGUAAAAGAGCUGAGGGAUGCAAACAUCCAGAUUGCCAACAUCUCAGAAGAGUUAGCAAAGAAAACUGAAGAUGCUGCCCGGCAACAGGAAGAAAUCACCCAUCUCCUCUCUCAGAUAGUUGAUCUGCAGAAAAAGGCAAAAGCUUGUGCAGUUGAAAAUGAAGAACUUGUUCAGCAUUUGGGAGCAGCUAAAGAUGCCCAGCGACAGCUCACAGCAGAAUUGCGGGAGCUGGAAGACAAGUAUGCAGAGUGCAUGGAAAUGCUUCACGAGGCGCAAGAAGAGCUGAAAAACCUUAGGAACAAGACUAUGCCAAAUGCCAUAUCACGUCGGUACCACUCUCUUGGUCUCUUCCCUAUGGAUUCUCUGGCAGCAGAAAUAGAAGGGUCGAUGAGGAAAGAACUGCAUUUAGAUGAACCUGACUCUCCAGACUUGGCUCAUCAGAAGCGGGUCUUCGAGACAGUCAGAAAUGUAAACCAAGUUGUCAAGCAGAGAUCCAUGACUCCAUCACCAAUGAAUAUUCCGGGCUCUAACCAGUCGUCUGCUAUGAACUCAGUUAUUUCUAGUUGCAUCAGCACUCCGCGUUCCAGCUUCUAUGGGGGAGACAUCUCCAGCAUUAUGAUAGACAACAAGACCAAUAGCAUCAUCCUAGGGACAGAAUCUGGUGACAAUGGAAAUGAAGAUAGAAUGAAGAAGCCUGGAACCCCAGGGACACCAGGUUCCAGUGACCUAGAGACUGCCAUUCGUAGGCUGUCCCUUAGGCGGGAGAACUACCUUUCGGAGAGAAAGUUCUUUGAAGAAGAGCAGGAAAGGAAGUUGCGGGAACUGGCGGAAAAGGGCCAACUCCAUAGUGGCUCCGUGACUCCUACAGAGAGCAUCAUGUCACUGGGAACUCACUCCAGAUUUUCAGAAUUCACUGGAUAUUCGGGAAUGUCUAUCAGCAGUCGAUCCUACCUGCCAGAGAAGCUCCAGAUUGUGAAGCCCCUAGAAGGUUCUGCCACUUUGCACCACUGGCAGCAGCUGGCUCAGCCUCACCUGGGUGGGAUCCUGGACCCGAGGCCCGGGGUUGUCACUAAGGGCUUCAGGACCCUGGACCUCGACCUGGAUGAAGUGUACUGCCUUAAUGACUAUGAGGAAGAUGAGACAGGUGACAUUUCUUACAAGGGCCUAACUACCUCGACGCCAGUUCAGCACACAGAGACCUCAGGUGAGAGGUCACAAGCACAAGUGACUGUUUCAGACAGCAAGAAUAACCCCAGCCAAUCUCAGGCUUUCACAGAGGAGAUGCAGGAGGCCGCGACUGACGAUGAUGAGGGGUCUGUACCUCAUCCUGGGAAGUGCAUGUCACAAACCAACUCCACCUUCACCUUCACCACCUGCCGCAUUCUGCACCCCUCUGAUGAACUCACACGAGUCACUCCAAGCCUUAACGCAGCACCUACUCCAGCUUGUGGCAGCAUUGGCAACUUGAAAGGCACCCCAGUGGGUACUCCCUGCACUCCUCGGCGUCUGAGCCUGGCCGAAUCCUUCACCAACCUCCGGGAAUCCACGACGACAAUGAGCACGUCCCUGGGACUGGUGUGGCUGUUGAAGGAAAGGGGCAUCUCGGCAGCAGUGUACAAUCCGCAGAGCUGGGACAGAGCCAGCAGAGGCACCCUCCUGAAUGCCUACUCCCCUAAAAUGGCCAUCAUUCCUUCCACUCCCCCAAACUCACCUAUGCAGACACCGUCGUCGUCUCCUCCGUCUUUCGAAUUCAAGUGCACCAGCCCACCUUAUGACAACUUCUUGGCUUCGAAGCCUGCGAGCUCGAUCUUGAAGGAGGUGAGGAACAAAAAGAGCAUCAGGAACAUUGAGAGUCAGACUGACGUGUCUGUUUCCAACCUUAAUCUCGUGGACAAAGUCAAGAGGUUUGGCAUCGCCAAAGUCGUGAGUACAGGGCACAUGCCAGCUCCUCCUCUAACUGAUGACCAGGGACCUCUCCUCUGUGGGGCACAAGGACCAGUGAGGGCCCUUGUUCCUGGAGGCCUGGCAUCAGAUGGUCUCCCAUUGGGCUGCCCUGCUGUGACAAGUGCCAUCGGGGGCAUCCAGUUGAACACAGGCAUCCGAAGGAACCGGAGCUUCCCCACCAUGGUGGGUUCCAGCAUGCAGAUGAAAGGCCCAACAUCCCUCACUUCGGGAAUCCUCAUGGGAACCAAGCUCCCGAAGCAAACUAGCUUACGAUGAAGGACUUAUUUUUACAGCUAGUCUUUUUAAAUAAAAAUACUGAGAUUUCUUCUCCAGUCCUCUUUCCCCUUUUGCCCUGGCCCUUCAUUGCCUCUCGAGUUUGACAAAUCAACUUUGUGCCUAAUGGGAGAAAUGUGUAAAAUUUGUACAAAAUGUGUAAAUAUAUACCAGAUCGAUUGUAACUAAUUGGAUUAUUUUACUGUUCAAUUGAGUGCAAAAGGCUCUACAUUGUGAUUGCUGUAUUAAGGUUAACUGGCUAACCUUUUGAAAAGUUUUUUUUUUUUUUUUUUUAAGAUGCACUGA